GUUUGGACGAACCUGAUGAAAAUCAACUUUUGUAGGAAGUUAUUACAUCGGUUUUGUUCUUUGUUGAUUGAUUGAUUAUUUAAUUGGGAUUAAAUAUGAACGAGGAGUAUUCUUCUGAAAUCUCUAAUCAUUCAUUGCAAGAUGGUUUUAUCGAGGUAUUAAAUGUGAUUGACCCUUUUACUUAUUCAGUUCGGUGUCAAGAUUGUCUUAGUUCAGAAGAAAUAAACGUAGAGUUAAAAAGAAUAAUUCCAGAAUGUGUUUCUCUGAAAUCAGACAAUGUGGAUAAGAUAAAUUCAUUGGUCAUUGUUGAGGAAUCGGAUGGAAAAUAUUACAGAGGUUAUUUAAAAUACAAAGAAGAGAAAAAUAUUUUUUAUGUUAAUCGUAUUGAUAUAGGUGAUGAUAUUUCUAUCCAGUCAUGUAAUGUCUAUUACUUAAAUGAAAGUUUAUUUAAACUUGAAGCUCAGAGGCAUACCAUAAAAUUAUAUGGCAUAAUUCCUUCUCCAGAAGUUACCAGCAAUCAAUUGAAUGAUUGUUAUGUCAUUUUGGCAGAUUUAAUUCGCAACACUACCAAUGCCACAUUGAAUGAGUGUUAUCUGAUUGAUAAAUUUUAUUACGGCUCAAUAGAAGUCGUAACAUAUUAUAAUAACAAAUUCUGUAAUAUUUUUCUUAAAGAUAUAUUAUUAGAAAAAAGAGUUGCUCAUCUAUCUAAUAAUUUUGAACAUGAUAUCAGUGCGAAGAAUGGCCAACAGGAAUCUAUUCCUGAACAUAGUCUUAUUAAAAAGGUUGCUGUAGGUUUAAGAAACAUAGAAAUAACACCUCAACAUUCCUUAUACUUGAAUGCUUUAACAAGUGGAUUGUUAAUAAAUCCAGAAUCUUUCACUGAUUGUUUAUUGAAGACAGAGACACCAAAAUCAAAGAGGCCUGCUGUGGCUGUUGAAAAUAAAUUAGACAAAAGGAGAGAAGGUUAUGAGAUGGCGGACUUACAACAAUUUCCUGGAAUAGGCCAUGGACGUGCCUCUUCUUCUUUUCCUAACAAGAGUGGACAAUCAGGAGGUCGAGGAAAAAUAAAAUCACUUUUACAAAACUUUAAUGACAAUAAAACUAUCCAAGACAGUCAAUUUCAGUCUCAAGAUGUGAUUAGUAAGUCAGAUUUUCCUGACUGUGGUUUUUUUGAGAGACCUGAAUCGUCAAGUGUGAAAGUUAACUACGUAGAGUCAAAAAAUGAUUCAAAGCUAAACACAAGUUUAAUGUUGAACCAAUUUGAUAAAGAUAGUGCAGAAAAUGUAAUUUAUAGUGCAAAUGAAAUUAAUAAAAAUACCAUGUCUGAGGAACUAUGUUUUCAAUUAUUAAAAGGUAAAAAUAAAAAGUUAAAUUCUGAUCCAAGGAAUAAAAAGAGUAAAUACUUUUCUCAGAGCCACAAAUCAAAAGCUCACAAUUAUCAUCAUGAUGCAACAUUUUCUUUUCCUACAAAAGAAAAUUAUAAUGAAAACAGUUUUAACCAAAAUCAAAAUGAACAGAUCCCUGUAAAUUCUUUCUCCUUAGGAAGUAGAACAUUUUCCUCUGUAAAUAAAACUUCUCCUUUAAAACAAGAACCAGAUCAAGUGGAACACGAAAAUAGCCCUUUUAAAUCUUUAACUCAUGAUGAUAUGACAAAAGUGGACACUAAAAGAAAAGUGAAUACCAAUAGCGAUAUAAGAGAAAAUUAUGAAUUCCAAAAAGAUUCCUCAUUCAGUGAAAAUAAUAGCUCUAUUGUAAGUAGUCCUUCUGCUACUCCUCUCCUCCUCUCUACUCCCUCUACUCCUGCUGCUCUUGCUAGUACUCCUGCAAGUGAAGAGAAAAGUAUUAAAAAUGAUGGCCAUAUUAAAUCUAUGGGAAGGGGCUUCUUAUUUAAUAAAUUUACUGAAUCACAAAGAAGUAAUUACGAUUCAGUUAGCGUAAAUAAAUAUGAAAGUCUUCAAAAAUCAAAAGAUUACAAUGAUUUACCUUCAUGUAGCAAAUUUGAAAGUUUAAAAAAAUCAAAUGAUGUUUUAUGUGAUUCGUCUAGAGAAAGAAAAUCUGAAAGUCCUGAGAAAUCAAUUGGUUACAAUAAUUUACCUAGAGAAAAUAAUUCUGAAGUUCUUCAAAAAUCGAAAGAUGAACAAGAUAUUAUUAAUGAUUCCCAAGAUACCAGUGAUCAUGAAGACAGAUAUUUUGAUAUUGAAGAGCCUACUUAUUUGAAUUGUACAAAAGAAUUCACUCCUUUAGAUAACAAGAUAGAAACAUCACAAAAUGUGGUUAAAUCUGACGAUGAACACUAUGAGAAGCUUUUAAACUUAGCACCUGAUAGUGAACAUGAACCGUUAGAUGAUAAAUCUUUGGUCAAUUCUUCUGCUCAAGCAAAACUAGAAGGUGAUCUGGAACAGCAAAUUUUAAGAGACUAUUCUGUCGGACAGAUUCCUGAAAGAAUGAAGAUGUCGUGUGGUCUUAUUCAUGGCAAUGUUAAUGCUAAUCCAGUUUCUAAAUUGUCAGAUCUUAAGUUAGAACAACACGUAUUUUCUAACUUGAAUGCAAAAAACAUGCGUGAGCUCUCCAGGAGCCAAAUGUUUGCAGUACCAGUUCUAUUACAGCGUCGCAAUUUGGUACUGAUUGGGCCUCCGAAUUCUGGGAAAACAUUGGCAUAUGUUAUGUCUUUUCUUAGUCUUCUUCAUGAUAAUGAAUAUUAUUCUUCGCUAAAACCAGGAAAUGGUCCUCGCUGUAUAUUUGUUUCAUCUUGUGCACAAAAUGUGAACUACAUCAGUCAGUUUUGUUCUGCUAUUUGUGGUGCCAAGCUGACCAUAAUUACAACUCAUGGUGGAGGAUUAGAACUUGAGAGAAAAGAAGAUUUGACAAACGGAUGUGAAAUUCUGGUAACAACUCCUAGAUGUUUACUUCGACUUUUGAAACAUACCUCUGUCACUAAUUUGUUUCGUGUUUGUCAUAUAGUUUUUGACGACAUUGACUCAUUGUUAAGCACAUUUUGUACUGAGGUCAAAGAAAUCAUGGGCAAUUUAAAUAAAAUGCUACAAAUCAGAAAAAGAUACAGCGGUAUUGGAAUACAGGUUGUAUUAGUAGGUGAAAAGUGGACUCCUCUUUUAGAAGAAAUUACUUUUAAGGGAUUAGACUCUCCUGUGCUUUGCAUCACUGCACAUUUAGAAGCUGCAUUAUAUGCAAGAAUCAAACCUAAAACUUACAUUUUGUCCCCGGAUAACAAAGUAAAAAAGUUAAAAGAAUUACUGGAUUGUACUUCAAAAAUAAUCAGAACGGUUAUCGUAUGUAGAUCUGCUGAUGAAGUUAAAUCUUUGAGGCCACUGUUGGAACUAACUAUGUCUGAUGUCUUGGUCGCACAUGAAGAAAUGGGUCUCAAUCAGUUAAUUGAAGUGGGUGACCUGUGGAUAAGGUGUACAUCUCCACCAAUUUUGCUCUGCUCUGAUCUUGUAUUAGCUGAACUUGCUGUAACAAAUGCUCAGUGGCUUAUUCAUUAUAGCAUGCCUGAUAAUAAGUCAAGUUUUUCAGAAAGAUUUUCAACCAUAAAAGAACACUUGUAUGAUCGCAUAAAAUAUCCUAAGACUGCUCCUCCUGAAUGCCAGGUUCAUAUACUCGUAGAUGAUACAAAUGAACUGCAGUUUCCUGAACUUAUUACUUUUUUGAAAAGGCUUAACACCUCAAUACCGGAUGUAAUUUUGGAAGCAGUCAAAAAAAUAUCAGUAUUAAAAGAAGAAAAGAAGAUUGGUGUUCCAUUUUGUGAAAACUUGCUUAUGCUUGGAAAGUGUUGGAGGAAUGAUAAAUGCAAAAGACAACAUAUUUUUAUUAAAUCAAGAGAUACCCCCGAUAACCUUCCAGUUAAUGGAAACAUGAAAGUGAAAUUACUUUAUGCUCACAAUCCUUCACAUUAUUCUGUACGUAUCCUGGCUAUCAAAAAUAGUGAUAAUGAUGAGUGGACUGAAUUUCCUUCAUAUUAUGCUAUAAUUGCCCUUAAAAUGUCUAAUUAUUUCUCAUUCAGGGAAAACAGAUUCGCACACGGAAGAGUAAAGAUUGGUGAUUUAGUCGCCAUAGAAGUAGAACCUGAUCUCAUGUUUAAGCGAGCUAAAGUUAUUGAUAUAAUUACUAGAGAUGAUAAAUACAAUCCAGUGGAGGUUCUAAUUCAUUUUAUUGAUGAAGGAUCUGUGGAUAAAAUGACGGUUUCUGAACUGCUUCACCUUCCCUCUGAAUUACAAAUUUAUUCCCAAGAAGCAUAUGACUUGUACUUACUUGGUUUACAACCUGUGGAUUAUGAUAAAUCAUGGAGUUACGCUUCAACUCUUAAAAUACAAAAGAGUAUUUCAAAUCUAAAUUUUCAAGAAGGAGAUAAUAAAUUUUUUACAGCUAAUGUUGCAUUAGUAACAGGAAAAAAUCUAUUAGCUACUUCAUUUCUUUGUUAUGAAUGGCUAGAUUUGAAUAAGUGUCAUGUUGUACUAUUUUCACCUAAAAAGUUUAUUUUGGAAACUGGUCUUGCAGAACCAAAUGUCACGCAUUACUCUACUCUGAUGAAUUUAGCCCUUGAUGCUGGGCUCAUUUCUCAUAUACCAAAAGAGUUCAAGAAAAGUGAUAUAGAUGAAGAUGUAGAAAAAAUUCAAUGGGCUCAUCUUGAUAAAGACAAUACAAAUAUUGUUCAUGUUAUCAGUUCCGAUUCACCAUCUCUGUUUUUUUUAAAGCUCUUUAAAUUUUCUGAUAGGCUGGAAGAGUUAGAGAAAGAACUGACUGCUAUACUUGACUUAAAAGUAACAAGCUUUGAAACUCUUGAGUAUGAUAUGAUCUGUGCUGCUAAAAAUCCAAAUGAUAAUAGGUGGAAUCGAGGAAUGGUAAAUAAUGUUACUGCUGAUGAAGUUGAAAUAUUCUUUGUUGAUUAUGGCGAUAUCCUUGUUGUGCCAUGGUCCAGCGUAUCACGUUUACCUAAAGGUUUUAUUUCAAGACUACCAUUUCAGGCUAUCGAGUGUAGCCUGGUUGGUAUUUCGCCCUUGGAUGCUGAUUGGUUACCUCAGGCAAUUGAAGCUUUUGACAGCAUGUGUUCCAAUGAUGAGCAUAAACUUCUACGUAUGUUUGCAAAGGUUUGUGAUGCUACAAGUGCAAGUUUCACUACAGGACGUCAUUUUAAAGUGAUUCUUGCUCCUUCUAUGGAUGAGAAAGAUGCUUAUAUCAAUAAACAGAUGGUGUAUAGAGGUUUUGCCAAUUGGGAUGUCCAGACAAAACAUUAUUUAACAGAAAACAUAGUUUGGUCUGAAGAUGCAGUUGAGGAAGAAGUGUGGGAUGAUGAUAAUGAUCAGGAAUCUGAUAAAGAAGAUAAAGAAGAUGAAAACGUUGAUAGCAAUAACACACUACCACAAACCAAUGAAACUAAAGCUGUUGCCACUACUACUGGAGGUGAUUCUGUAGACAUAUUGUCUAUUUUAACUAAUGGAGAUUUUGAUCUUGGGAACACUGACUUUCUAUUAGCUUUAUUACCUCCAGAACUUCAAAAAAGUUUAAAAGAUAGAAAUGUUGACAAGGCUCUUGAACAUUUAAAGCAACUGAGAGAAGAAAGUAGGAAAGAGAAAGUUCUCAAAUCGAUUGCUUAUAAACCAGUGGAAGAUCUAGAAGAAACAGGUGACAUUGUUGAAGGACCACUUCUUGAAUCUUGUGGUUUAUUUCAUCCCGAAGUUUUUUGGUCACAACAAGACUGCUAUAUUAGGAUUAAAAUAAAUCUUGCUGAAAUCAGCAAAUUUCAACUUGACUAUUCUGAUCAGAUCUUAAUUUUUAGAGCUUUGGCUAACGAAAAGUAUUACUGGUUCGAGAUAAUUUUAUUUGGCCUGAUUAACAAAGAAAGUGUAACAUAUGCCUCCAGGGGGCUGUACUUUGAAAUAAAAAUGGAAAAGUUCAUAAAAGGGGAAUUUUGGCCCAGAUUGGUCUAUGAUGAUUUCAAGUUUCCUUGGAUUAAGUUAGAUCCAGAUUAUAUUGAACAAGAUGACCUUAGUUUAAUUGAAUCUAUGUUUAAAAAAGGCUCAAAAUUCAGGGGACCAGGAGCAAUUGAAUUCAAUUCUGAUUACGACUUAAUAUCAUCUGGAGUUCCAGAACCCGACUCUGAUUUAGAAUCUGUUAGCAGUAGAUCAGAUAUUGGAGAAUUUACUGAUUUAGUACAUGAUUCUUUAGAUCCAGAUUCUGACUAAUAUGUUUUUGGAGGUUUUAGUUCCUAUUACAGCAAUAAGGGUUACAAAAUUUUUCUAAACAGAGUAUAUUUUUGUUGAUACUUUCUUAUAGAGGAUGCUUUGUAAACUAGCUUUAUAUUUUUUCAAGAUAAGUUUAUGUUCAUUCAUAUUGUAUAUUAUGUAAAAAUAAGAAAUUAAAUACUUUGUACCUGCAUUCUCAAAUAUAUAUUUUUUAAAUAAAGACUUAUCAAUACCUUUAUAAAUUAGGAAUUUAAUUUAACAAAUGUCACUCCACUUCCAUUGGUGGCACAAAAUCUCAUGGUCGCAUCAUAAAUAAAAUCUGGAGAGUGGCGGAGUGUGUUCGAAAGUAGAAAGAAGUGACUGCAUGUAAGACCCUACCUAACCUCCACUGAAAACGGGACCCUUUGGGGGUUUGGUUAUCCCUUUAGAGGGAGCGUGACAUUUGCACAAUGUUAGUUUUAUAUUUCAAACUAGUCAAUUUAUUUAUUAAUAUGAUUAAAUAGUAAAAAAGUAAUUAUAAAUGUAUGAAUUAAUUUUCAAUCGAACAUAUUUGAUGAAAUGACAUAAUUAAUGUUAAAUUUAAGUUUUUUUAUGAAUUAACAUAACUUUUGUUCCUCCCUAUUAUUUAAUCAUUAGUUUCCCUCGUAACUUGACAUUCAUCACACUG